CCUUGGUGAACAGGUUUCCGUUACUGUUUUUGGCAAAAUAGGCCGCAAGUGGAUUACCGGCGCUUCGGGUGGCUGCAGCAUGGGAGUACAACACGGUGCAUCGCUGCUGCAGUGGACGACCGUGCUGCUCGUUGCCCUGUUUGCCAGCAGCGUUCUACCCUCGGACGGGGCCACCGCACGGCCCACGGCACUGAAUUGCAUCUACAGUGCAACAAAGUGCACAUUUACCGGCGCCUCGGUACGCAUAAUCAACGACAGCCCGCUGCCGGCCUACCGACUGGCGAUUAGUGGGUACGAUGGUGCGUCGGAGCUUACCGUGUCCUUCACAAACAGUGUGGUGGAGUACGUUCCGGAGUUGGUUUUUGCAUCGCUACCGAACACUACCGUCAUCCGAUUAACCGGAACGCAAACGCGCCUCAUCGAUGAGGGCGCUUUCCAAGGGUUAAAGCGUGUUAGUGCGAUUAUGAUAGCCGAUAAUCCGCUGGAAACGUUGCCAAAAAGCAUCUUCCGUGGGCUGCACUCGCUACGCACAUUAAAGUUGAUUGAUAUUGGUUUGACCACAAUCGCUCCCGAGUGGUUUCGCGACCUGGGACAGCUAAACUUCCUGACUGUGACGAAAAAUCGCGUACGAACGCUGGAUGCCGCCGUGUUUCAGCACUGUCCAAAAAUUUGGAACCUUGACCUGUCGGGCAAUGCAAUCGAAAGUUUGCCGGAAACAGUGUUCGAUCCGCUGACUGACGUGGAGUCCAUCAAGCUGGACAACAAUCGGCUGGAAGAGGUGCACGAGAAUUUGUUCGCCAAUACGGGCGACCUGCGGAAGCUAACGCUCAGCAACAAUUCGCUCACGCUCGUGUCGCCCAUUUUGUUGCGAAACUUAAGCAAUCUGGAGGAGCUACACCUUCGCUGGAACCGGCUGGAAGAGUUUCAGCUGCUGCUUUUCCCCUCGAUUAAGCCGUUCGCCUUAGAUCUGCGAAAUAACGGGCUCGUUUCGUUUGAUCGAACCAUGCUCACUGUGCUGGAAAAUCUUGAUGCCAUCUGGCUGAACGAUAAUCGCAUUACCAGCAUUGCGCCCGAUACUUUUCAUGACGCGGUCAACACCACGCUGAUUGAGCUGGACGAUAACUAUCUGGAGACGGUGCCGGUCGAGCUACUGGCGGGGAUCACUCAUUUGCGAGUGUUUGCGGCCAGCAACAAUAAAAUAAAAGUCGUCCCGGAGGAGCUAUUUCUCGAGAAUCUCGAGGUGAAGCAGAUACGGCUGGCUGGCAAUCUUAUAGAAACGUUACCGGCAAAGUUUUUCGCGGAACUGCCGAUCCUGGAGGAGCUAUACCUCGACCGGAACAAUCUCGUGGCGCUACAGGAGGACGCCUUUAUCGAUUGUCCCAAGCUGCGCGUAAUACGGCUGGGACACAAUCAGUUGGCCACCGUUCCGCCGCGCACCUUCGCUCAACAAAGGCAAAGCCUCCGUUCGCUCGAUAUAAGGGCCAAUCACUUGACCGAGGUAGCAUUCGUAAAGGGCUUAAAGCAUCUCGCUAGGCUCGAUCUCGAGGGAAACCGGAUAAGUGAGCUGCAGGGAAGUUCGUUUGAAGGCACGUCCAAUAUUACUGAGCUGCUGCUGUCGUUCAACAAUCUGAACCGGUUAACGAGUGAAUAUUUCCAGGGCCUAACCAAGCUGAAGGUGCUGAAUGUGUCAAAUAACGCUAUCAAUGUCAUUGAGGCUGAUACCUUCAAAAGAAUGCCAGCGCUCGAUGAGUUGCAUCUGAACGGAAAUGAAAUCAGUAGCUUACCGACCGGAGUGUUCACAGCACUGACCACGCUCAAGAAACUUUCCCUGGGACUCAAUAAGAUAGCAGAGGUUUCGGCAACGUUACUACAAAACCUGCCCAUGCUCCAAGAGUUCGAUCUGUCCAGUAACCCGAUCGCUGACGUUAAUGAACAAUUUCUUCACCAUACGCUCCACAUGCAGCGGCUGUCUCUGAACGAGAUACGCCUGCAGCGGCUCGGUAAGAACUUCCUGCUCCGACCGAUAGCACUGCAGUUCCUCAGCCUCGAGCGGUGCUCCAUUGCGGAAAUCGACACGGAAGCGUUUUGGUCGUUUGGUUCGAUCUAUCCGGCGAUGUUAUUUUUACGCCGAAACGACCUAAGCGUACUGCCGAGAGGAUUGUUCCACGGUUCUCGGAUGCUGUCAGUAUUGGAUUUAUCGUUCAAUCGACUCACCGAACUGAACCCGGAUGCCUUCGCUUCCGAUAACGCGCUGCAAGAGCUCUACCUGGAAGGCAACCGGAUCGAACGGCUGUGGCCAGGGAACUUUGUCAGAUUCCGCAAUCUGAAGGUGCUGAACCUUCGAAACAACUCGAUCGAAUGGAUUUCGAGCGGCACGUUUGAGGGGUUGGAGCAUUUGAAGAUGCUCGAUUUUGGCAACAACAACUGGCUGACCCGACUGCCACCGACCGUGUUUGUCGACCUGGUUAAUCUAGAGUUUAUCAGCGCCGAUGGAUUGGGACUGCAGACGCUGGACCGCGAUUUGUUUGCUAAUCAACCAAACCUUCGGGCGGUGUUCCUGCAGAACAAUCAGCUCGAUGAGCUGGACGAGGGUGUGUUUCGGAAAAAUUCUCUCCUGAAGCAGCUAAGCGUUGCAAACAAUUCUUUCGUCAGCUUUCCGCUGCACAGCUUCAGGCAGCUCAAUGAAUCACUGCGCUCGCUGGACGUGUCAGACAACAUGAUCGAAUCGGUGAUUGUUACGCCGGCUUUGGAGGAACUGAAGGCGUCACGAAACCGAAUUUCACACGUCGCUCCAGUGGUCGACUCGGAACCGGCUCUGGUUAGUAUCGACCUGUCAUCUAACCGGCUUUCUUCUGUCGAGGAUUUGAGCGCUUUUAAACAUCUGGAAGCGUUGGACGUCUCUCAUAAUCCACUUGAUGGCUUUGAUUUUACACAGCUAGCUGCGUUCUUUAACCUUACGCAUUUUAACGCAUCCUCCUUGGAGGUUUCAUCGCUAGCUCUGACCACGAACGGUAUGUUGCUUCCUUCCCUUGUCAGUCUGGAUCUGUCCAACAAUGGUAUACGAACGGUGUCGGAGGAGUUUUUGCACAGUUUCCCCAGGAUUACACAACUAUAUCUUCAGAAUAAUCCACUACACGGGUACAGUUACAAGUUCUUUUUCGACAUCUUUCCUUCGCUGACUUUGCUUGGUAAGGAUCCGUAAAGGUUGAGGAGAUGUUUUUUUUUUCGUUUUCGAUAGAGAAUUUUAAUAUGAACUUGUUUUCCAAAAAUCGUUCUUAACGUCUUAUGAAACUCCCUUACGCGUGUAUGCUUUUUUAAAAAAUAAACAUCGGUUAAAGUUUUUCUGAAGCAUCGUAUUAAUGGUAAAUUAUAAUACAAACUUCACGAGCAUACAAUAAAGAACACAUUUUUCGUUCGUUAUUCUUACGUUAAAUGAAAAAAAAAACCCACCAGAAAGAAGGAAAAGCGAAAAUCUGCUAAAUUUCUUCCCCAUUUUCCAUAUGCCACCCAGCACGUUCCAGCAUUCUCGGCCUGCUUACUUGGCUGGGCUCUCUAAUCUAAUGGUAAAAUAAUUGUUUGAAGAGAGCUCAUUGUUUUCACAUCCUCCUGUUUGUCAACAAAUCCGUGUCCGUUGUAUAGACACGGUUCAGUAAAAAAGAACCUCACUGGAAGAGGUUUGUUAUAUCAGCGAGUGGGAUACGAACCAGAAAACAACAAAAAAUAUUGGGAAGCUGUUAGUUGACGAUAAAUGAACCAGACACGGUUUUUAGAGGAAAGAAAAAUACUUGACGAUGAGAAAGGCUUCCCUGUAAUUGGGUUAGCCAUCCGUUCGACGUAAGAUUAUGUCCCUUUUUUCGGGAACGGAGAACAUUCGGCGGGUUCUGUGAGCAACCGCUUCAAACCCCGAUGUGAAAGGGAUUUUGGGGGUUUUUCGCCAAGCGCUGUGCUGCAGCAAACAAUAAACAAUUAUGCGACAAAACUGGCUCCAACAUAUUCAGUGUGCUUUGUCCACUGGUGUGUAGUACCAAGCUGUACUACAAUGCUUCAUUUAAAGAAUAAAAUUGAUGUAAUAGUUGUCAAAAAUUAAAUCUAACGUAAGAUAAUGAUGAAUGUUCUGAUAAACCCAACACAGUAUCGAUCAUACCAUGUUUUCAGAAUUCAAUUUUUUGCUUCGGUUUCGGAAACAAUUUGCCCAUUUUUGUGAGAUAUGUGCUGUCAGGAUAAAUUACAUUUUGAAAUUCCUUAAAACAUGAAAGGUAAAUCCAUUUUCCCAAUGUUCCAUACCGAUCGAUAUGCAUGUAAAUUUGUCAAUGGAUAUUUUUCUCAUGCCUAAACAUUCGCUUGAUAAUGCCAUCAAAUAUAAUAAAAACUUCUAUGG